CUACGAUAUGACGCAGCUACGUCACCAAACGUUACAGGAAGCGCUAACCGUCAGCUGACAGGGAACAACGCCUGGGAUAUCGACAGUGAAAAAGAUGGCCUACCCUAAGUCCCACAACCCAUUUGCUGAUGAUGACGAUGAGGAAAGUUUUAAGCCCAAAAGCAGAAGCUUCGAAGACGAAAGUGACAGUGGGUUGACAGAUGCAGAGAGGAAGCAGAGGAAUCUUCAGCAGGAAGUGAUGCGCACAGCGAAGUCCGCCGUGGACAGCAGUUACCGUUCGCUCAGCCUCAUCUAUGAAUCUGAGAAGAUGGGUGUGGAAACUGCUGAGGAGUUGGUGCGACAGGGUGAGGCCCUGAAGAGGACGGACAAGAUGUUAGACAACAUGGAUGAGGCCAUGAAAACUAGUCAGAGACAUAUCACCUCUAUGAAGAGUGUGUGGGGAGGACUUGUCAACUACUUCAAGGGCAAACCAGAAACAAAGCCAGCACCUGAAGAGCCAAAGACCUACCAGACGAAUGAGAGACUACAGACGGCCAUGUCCAGCAGCAGAGAACACGAAGAUAAGUAUCAAGCUAGUCAUCCCAAUCUAAGAAAGUUGGAUACAGGAGGUUUUGGAGCUGCUGCAUCAAUGGAUGACAGCUCAUCCAGACAGAAUGGAUACCCUCAGAACAGAUACCUGCGGGAGGCUCACCAGAGCCUUGACAACAAUUUAGAUGAGAUGUCCAGUGGCCUGGCAAGACUAAAGAAUCUCGGACUCGGUCUUCAGUCGGAGAUUGAGGACCAGGACGACUCCAUCGGUUCCCUGCUCAACAAAGUGGACAAAAUGGAUGGGAAGAUCAGCAACACCAACCAACAAAUUAAAAACCUAAAAUAAGAUUCACAAUUGGAGUCAUCCAACGUUUGACACAAACUGGCAGCAGAUCAUCCUCACACAUGACCCUGGCCGUUGUUUAUGUAAGAAUGGCCUGUUUUGUUGUGUCUUUUUGUUUAUCUUCUACUAGAAAAAAACAGUGAUUUCUUUUUCAGGAAAUGGAAUGUGCUUUCCACAUUUGCUCUGGUUGUUUGCUUUGUUAAAUUUCACUGCAUCUAUGUCCUAAUGUUUUAGUGUUUUUCCUUCUUUGCCCGAUCACCAAAGAUGUGCAUGUGGAAAGGGUCCUGUUUGUAUUUUAAUUUGAUAGAUGGGGAGAAUUUUAAAAUACUGUUGUUUUUUUUUUUUUGUACACUAUUUAGCCACCUUUCAAAGUAUAAACAAAACACAAGCAAGCAGAAAGUUUUGCUUGAGUCACAUUUGCCUUACAUGUGUCAGAAAUGUCUUUGGAUCUGUGUCUUGAUUACUUUUCAACUGGUGCUUCAUCUGACGGAGUAGCUUGCUUUGAUUUAUUUAAAAUUUGAUUCCUGCAGAAUUUCCUGCAGAAUUUUUCUCAGAUAAUUUUUGUACAACAUAAAUAGUAUCAAGCUAUUGUGUGUAUAAAAACUGCACAGAAGGAAUAAACACAUCAAAGUAAUAAAAAAAAAAGUGAAAGAUCUACUCUGCGUUAUAGUUCCAAGUUCGAAAGACAUGAUUUUUUUUUUCGAAAAAUUAUGUUGAAAGCUUGUUGAUUUGUCAUUUGACAACAGUAUAAUGUUGUUGGGCAAUAGAUGACUCUUGCCUCGUUUGUCAUGCCUUUUAAUUAAACUAAGAUACGUAAUAAAGAACAUUCAUUUUGGGA